AAGGUGGUGUGCCAAGGAGAUAUCUGCAACCCAGCCCUCUGGCCUUUGUGCUGGCUGCCUGGAAGGAUGCCAGGCUAUUGGGAACAUGCUGAACCCCUCAACACACCCCACAAGGGCUGGUCCUGGUCCAAAGUCCCUCCCCACUUCUGCUAGAGUUGCAGACACUACCAGUCAUGUUGGGCUACCAGCAUCUCACGAUGAAGCUCCUGGCACCCCUCACCCUCUGCCUGGGCCUCUUGCCAGGGCUCAGCACUGCUGUUAUCCCAGUGGAGGAGGAGAAGCCAUCCUUCUGGAACAACCAGGCAGCUGCAGCCAUUGAGGCCUCCUUGAAGAUUCAGCCCAAAAUACGUCAGGCCAAAAAUCUCAUCCUCUUCCUUGGGGAUGGAUUUGGAAUCCCCACCAUCACAGCCACCCGCAUCCUAAAGGGGCAGCAGCAGGGGAAGCUGGGCCCUGAGACCCCCCUUGCCCUCGAUGCUUUCCCCUAUGUGGCUCUCUCCAAGACGUACAAUGUGGACCGCCAGGUCCCUGACAGCGCGGGGACAGCCACAGCCUACCUCUGCGGGGUGAAGGGCAACUACGAGACAGUGGGGCUGAGUGCAGCUGCCCGCCACUCCCAGUGCAACACCACGGCAGGCAACGAGGUGGUCUCAGUGCUGGAGAGAGCUCGCAAAGCAGGGAAGGCAGUGGGCAUCGUGACGACAACACGGGUGCAGCACGCAUCACCCUCGGGGAACUACGCCCAUGUGGUGAACCGCGACUGGUCUGAUGCCAGCAUGCCCUUGGAUGCCCGCCACCAGGGCUGCAAGGACAUCGCCUGGCAGCUGGUCCACAAUGUUGAUAUCAACGUGAUCCUGGGCGGUGGUCGGAAAUACAACCCCAUGGGGACGCCAGACCCCGAGUAUCCCACCUAUGGGUCCGAGAAUGGGCUGCGUGAGGAUGGGAAUAAUCUCAUCAACAUGUGGCUGGAGGCACGGCCGGGUGCUCGCUACGUCUGGAACAAGGCAGAGAUGCUGGCUGCUGUUGCUGACCCCAACGUGAAUUACUUGAUGGGUCUCUUUGAACCCGGGGACAUGAAGUUCAACAUGUUGCGUAACCCCACCUUGGACCCAUCGCUCACUGAGAUGGUGAAGGUGGCCAUCACCAUCCUGAGCAGGAACCGUAAUGGAUUCUACCUCUUUGUGGAAGGUGGCAGGAUUGACCACGGCCACCAUGAUGGUUCAGCCCAUAAGGCACUGACAGAGGCGGUAGAAUUCGACUGGGCCAUCAAGCAGGCAGGGACCCUGACAAAUGAGGAGGAGACCCUCACUGUUGUCACUGCUGACCACUCACACGUCUUCUCCUUUGGUGGCUACACCCUGCGGGGUUCCUCCAUCUUUGGUUUGGCCCCCAAGAAAGCCACUGACAAGAGGAACUACACAUCCAUCCUCUAUGGGAAUGGGCCAGGCUACCCAGGCACUGACCGGCCGAAUGUGGACGAUGGCACAGCCAGUGACUUCAACUACAAGCAGCAGGCGGCUGUGCCCCUCGACUCUGAGACCCAUGGCGGAGAGGAUGUGGCCAUCCUGGCAAAGGGCCCCAUGGCCCACCUCUUCCACGGGGUGCAAGAGCAGACCUAUGUGGCCCACGCCAUGGCCUUUGCUGCCUGCCUUGACCCCUACACUGCCUGCCCUCAGCAGGACUCUUCCACCAGCACCCGUGCCACCCAUCUGGUCCUGCUCCUGCCCACCCUCCUCCUGCCACUUUUCCCCUGAUCCCACUGCCCCAGGGCACCCCACAGGUGCUGCUGGACCCCCUAUGGCUGCAUCAC